UUCAGUCAACACGCUUCACCUUGCGCUGGUACUCAAGGGAACGUUGACGGUCUCGUCAGGAAUGGAAACAUAUCCUUACAUCGCGGGGCGUUGAACCAUAGGGGCGGUAGCGACGAUAAAGAUCACCGCCUACAUAUGGAGUACAUGCCCCUAAUAAGGAUUAGGGGAGUUUAAAAGAGUACCGAACAGGUACUUGUUAUACCAUGCACUUGCAGACGCAACUAUUGACGUUAGCCUAUCUCAUCCAGACCCUCUUGCAUACCUACCUAGGUAGGAAAACAUCGUAUGGUCAUGUCGGUAUAUACAAGCCCCUACUAUAUUACGUCGAUAACAAAGCUGCUCGCAUUCCCUGUAGGCGCUCCCAACUAUGUUGGCCCUUGUUCAUAUUGAUUACUACCAAAAUCAGGCAACUACGCAAUAAACCUGCCCGAGUAACAACCAAAUUCAACGUCACAGCCCUUAGCUGACUUUUCCUAACGACUACUCAGAAACGCGACCUACACAA